AUGGCCUCUGUCUACACCUGCACGGAGUGCGGCUCCAACCUCAAUCUCAACUUCGCCUACGCCUACCCCGCGGACUUCUACUUCGAGGCAGGAAACAAGGGGUCCCUCUCCUUCUCCGCCGUUGACGCCACCAAGUUCAAGUUCGAGAAGGAGGACAAGAUCCGCCCCUUCUUCGAAACCCUUAACUACUGGGGAAUUCAGAGGAAGAGGACCAAGAUCAAGUGCAACACCUGCGACUCUCUCCUUGGCCACAUCUACGACGACGGUCCUCCGCUUAUCGAUACUCCCGGUCAGUUUCAUAUGGGGCCCAGCCAAGUCAUCCCCCGGGCACCAAGAUACAGGUUUAAGACCAAAGCCCUCACAAUUGUUUCCGCUUAA